AAACCUUUCAACAAUGGACGAAACGUCGCAAAUCCUUUCUCCUGCGAUUCGUAAGCACCAGCAAGCAGCUCUUGACAUACGGCAAGCUAGUCGUCACCAUGGAUCUCUUCUCCUUUUAGGUCAAUUGGUUGCGCGCAAAGUAGAUCCGAGUCUGCCCGCUUCAUAUCAGUCCCACUGUCCGGUCUUCCUGGCCAUCCGGUAGUGGACAGCUGUAGCCGAACCUCUGAUCUUGAUAACUAAACGAAAAAAUAGCCACACUGCACGACAAUGUGCGGAAUCAUAGGUUGUAUACACGCUGACAGCAAGUCGCCUGCUGCCGUCGAGAUACACGAUGCCCUAUAUCUACUGCAACACCGUGGACAAGAUGCAUGUGGCAUAGCAACAUGUGCAGCUGGCGGACGCAUAUAUCAGUGCAAGGGCAACGGAAUGGCCGCCAAAGUCUUCCACGACGGCUCCCGCGUUGCCGACCUCCCGGGUUACAUGGGCCUGGGCCAUUUGCGAUAUCCCACCGCCGGCAGCAGCGCAAACUCGGAGGCCCAACCUUUUUAUGUGAACAGCCCAUACGGCAUCUGUUUCACACACAAUGGGAAUCUUAUCAAUGCUCCGGAGCUCAAGGAGUAUCUCGACAAAGAGGCGCAUCGGCACAUCAAUACAGACAGCGACAGCGAGCUCAUGCUUAACAUCUUCGCAAGCGAGCUUAACGAGACUGGGAAAUCGCGUGUCAAUGCGAAUGAUUGCUUCGCUGCUUUGUCUAGGAUGUAUCAACGCUGCAUAGGUGGCUGGGCCUGCACCGCCAUGAUUGCCGGAUUUGGUCUGAUUGGAUUCCGCGAUGCGUAUGGUAUCCGCCCCAUGGUGCUGGGCUCCAAGCCGUCGGAAAGUGGCCACGGCAUCGAUUACAUGAUGGCCUCCGAGUCCGUAGCACUGGUACAAUGCGGCUACAAAAAUUUUGUGGAUAUCAAACCCGGCGAAGCGGUCAUCAUCGAACGCGGGAAAGAGCCCGUGUUCCAUCAAGUUCAGGAACAGCUUGCGUACUCACCUGACAUUUUUGAAUACGUUUAUUUUGCUCGUCCAGACACAAUCAUCGAUGGCAUCGAUGUUGACGAAGCGCGCCGAAGUAUGGGCUUCAGGCUCGCGGCGAAGAUUAGACGAGUUUUGGGCGAGGAUGGCCUGAAAGACAUUGACGUGGUCAUGCCGAUACCUGAAACCGCCAUUACGGCAGCACAGUGCGUCGCGGUGGCUCUGGGCAAGGAGUACGUCCAGGGUUUCGUUAAGAACCGCUACAUCUUCCGAACAUUUAUCAUGCCAAAUCAGAAGGCAAGACAAAAAGGUGUCCGCGCGAAGCUGAAUCCGAUGCCGAAGAAGUUUGCCGGCAAGACGGUUCUCCUUGUGGACGACAGUAUCGUACGAGGAACGACUAGUCGAGAAAUCGUCAUCAUGGCCAGAGAAGCUGGCGCGAAGAAAGUCGUCUUCACAAGCUGUGCACCCCCAAUCACCAACCCUCACAUUUAUGGCAUCGAUUUGGCCAGUGCGUCGGAGCUUAUAGCACAUCAUCGCACCCAGGAAGAUAUCGCUAGGCACAUCGGUGCAGACUCCGUCAUCUACCAAGAUCUGCCAGACCUUGAGCAAGCCUGUUUGUCUCUUGCUCCACCCAACGGACCAAAACGCUUCGAGGUCGGCGUCUUCUGUGGCAAAUAUGUCACCCCCGUCAGCGAGGGUUACAUAGAACAUCUCGAACGGAUCAGGGGCGAUAGGAAAAAGGCCAAGCUCGUAGAGAAUGCACGAAUGGCUGUCAACCAAGGGAUUGCUGACAUCAACACCAUAAAGCUCGCGAAGAAUGGCGCCACUUUGGACACGAACGGCCAGAUUGUGGCUGCAGCAACUCCGGGGACCGAGAAAGACGACCCGUUGAGUUCAAUGAACAACGGGAUGGUCAGUCUAACGGGCCAAUUUGAGCAGGACGACAGUCACAGGACAGAACCCGUCAGCUCGACGCAAGACAUUAGCUUGCAUAACCUCAACGACUUUCAGGGCCAGAGAUAGCUCUCAGGAUGGCGGAUAUAGUGCAUUUCGUAGGGUGGAUAGGGUCGGGGAAAGUGCCGAUGACAUCCGUCGGGACACUCGUUAGUAGAGACGGGAAAUACGGCAACGUACUUGAAAUCUGCACAGUUCGAGAUGUGACACAGCCAAACAAACCGUUGUAUGCCUGGUAACAUCGUCUAUCCUCUACUUCACGUCCAUCUCGAGUUCUCUCUCUUGUCCCACGCGGUUCUCAACCUGCGAGAACGCAAGAUCCAUGCAAUAGAUACGCUCAUCUUUCGUAGCUUGUUGCAUUUUUUUUUCCCCAAACGUGUUCUGCGUCACGAAUAGAUAUAACCAAAAACGUUUCAUAACGAGAUUCGCU